AUGUCCCUCAAGUACAUCGACAACGCCCGGAAAAUCCUCUGCAUCGGCCGCAACUACGCCGCCCACAUUGCCGAGCUCAACAAUGCCAAGCCGAUGCAGCCGUUUUUCUUCCUCAAGCCGCUGUCGCUGGUGCUCAAACCCAACGACGGCCCCUUCCUCGUCCCCAAAGGGGUCGUCGUCCACCACGAGGUCGAGUUGGCAUUUGUGUUGAACCGCACCCUCAAAAACUUGCCCGCCGACUUCUCCCCCGAGGAGGCGUUGGAGUGUAUCGAUGGCUACGCCCUCUCCAUCGAUAUGACGGCGAGAAACGUCCAGGACGAGGCCAAGAAGAAGGGGUUGCCGUGGCUGAUCGGCAAGGGGUUCGACACGUUUUUGCCGUUGUCUCACUACAUCCCUAAGGAAAAGAUCCCCGACCCUUACAACGUCGAGUUGGUGCUUAAGGUCAACGGCGAAACCAAGCAACAGGACUUGACCAACUUGAUGUUGUUCCCCAUUCACAAGAUCUUGUCGCACAUGUCGCUGAUCAUGACCCUCGAAAAGGGCGACUUGAUCUUGACCGGUACUCCCAAGGGCGUCGGCCCCAUCAACCCCGGCGACAAGGUCGAGGCCUUCCUUAACGUCGACGGCACCACCAUCGAGCUGCUCAAGUUCGACGCCGAACAGAAGCCCGGCCCUUACGAGUACAAGGAAACGUAA